AUGCGCAGUUGGGCUGCACUCGGGGGUGGCUUGGGUUUUUCCCACACGGCUGCGUUCCUGCAGCGGCGGCGCACAGCCACGCAGACGCCAACAGAGGACGAAGUGCGCAGCGCAUACGCGGCGCUCGGCGUCGCCACAUCGUCUCCAUUCCAGGAAGUGAAGAAGCGCUACAUUGAGCUUGCGAAGCAGCAUCACCCUGACGUAAGCGGCGGGAGUGCCAACGACGCGUCGCAGCGCAUGGUGAACAUCAACAAUGCCUACGCUACGCUCAACAUGUUCCACAAGGCGGGGGGUGUCCUACCCGGUGGCUCACGGCCGUCCUCCUCCAGCAGCAGCAACAACAGCAGUUAUGGGCAUGCGUACUAUACCACAAACGAUGAGCCGUACCACCCCUGGCAUGAAGAUCUUAACCCACUUGUUUACGAGAUGAUGUGGGACGAGAUGCGUCGCCAGGCAGAGAACGAGGCCUUCGCGCAGGCCGCCGCUCACGAAAACAAACGGCGCCACAACUACCAGCAAGGCACCGAGGCACCAAGAGGUGGACAGAAAAAGACGUAUGGGGAUAACCGCCGCCAUCCCAAAAGUGGCGGCAAGCCCCGAAAGACGACAACAUGGCCUGACGCUGAUUUACAGGCGAUGGUAAACAUGUACCAAGACGGAAAGAGUUUUGAUUUCAUUGCUAACGCGCUUGGAAAGCAGGCGUCUGACGUCAUUGCUGAGUUCAACCGCUGGAAUGACGACAAGAAACGUUCGUCACGACCGUCGCAGCGGCGUCCACGAGGGUAUUACUACGCCGAGUCCCCUGACUUUGAUUUUCCAGAUUUUGGCGACGACGUUGACGACGAUCCGUACGGCUACGGAUGUAGCGACGAGGGCGAGCACGUGGACCCAGAGGACGUUUUCUUCGACGGUGGUGCGAUUCCAUUCAGAGGUGGGCAUUACAUGAGCGGUCAGCGCCCGAGAUACGGCCACAACGGGAACCGCGGCGGCGGCGGUGGUGGUGGUGGUGGUGGAGCUUCUGCUGCUGCUCGUGGGAGGCACGGUUCGAACCGCCGCCAGUGGUGA